GUAUCAGAAGGAAUUUUCUUUUUAUCUUAAUAAUGAUUUGGGAUUAGNCCCAUCUCACGGAAAACCCUUUUCGCUACGCUUAGACCUAUCUCCCUCUAGGGGUAGUUUAGUUAUAGGUUCUAUAGGAACUGGACGAUCUUAUUUGGUCAAAACCCUAGCGACAAACUCCUAUUUUCCUUUCAUUAUGAUAUUUGUGAACAAGUUACUGGACAAGAAUCCUCCUAAAUUUAUUUCUGAUAUCGACAAGGUGGAGAAGAGUGACAAUAUUGAUCCUAGUUAUGAUAUCGAUAGGGUGGAGAAUAGUGACAAUAUCGGUCGGGACCUUGCUACGGAGCUGGAUCUGCUCACUUGGAAUGCGCUAACUACGGAUAGUGAGAUGAAGGCUCAAAUUGACCGAUUGUCUAUAACUCUUCAAUUUGAAUUAGCAAGAGCAAUGUCUCCAUGCAUAAUCUGGAUCCCAAAUGUUCAUGAUCUCGAUGUGAAUGAGUCCAAUUCCUUAUCCCUCGGUCUACUAGUGAACCAGCUAUCCAGGGAUUGUGAAAGAUGUUCUCCUAGAAAUAAUCUUGUUAUUGCUUCGACUCAUCUUCCCCAAAAAGUGGAUCCCGCUCUAAUAGCUCCGAAAAAAUUAAAUACGUGUAUUAAGUUACGAAGGCUUCUUAGUUCACAACAACGAAAGUCCUUUUUCACUCUUUCCUAUACGAGGGGAUUUCACUUGGAAAAAAAAAUGUUCCAUACUAAUGGAUUGGGGUCCAAUGUACGAGAUGUUGUAGCACUGACCAAUGAGGUCCUAUCAAUUAGUAUUACACAGAAGAAAUCAAUUCUAGACACGAAUACAAUUAGAUCCGCUCUUCAUAGACAAACUUGGGAUUUGCAAUCCCAGACAAGAGCCAAGGAAUUCAUGUGGGAUCCUACAGAUCCACUCUUUUUUCUAUUCAAAGAUCAGACCCCAGGCUCUAUUUUUUCACGUCGAGAAUUAUUUGCAGAGGAAGAGAUGGCAAAGGCACUUCUUACGUCCCAAAUUGAGCAUAUGUUUUUAUCUAAAAACACACGCUUUAUUAGCAACAAGACGCAAGAAAAGCAUUUCGAAUUUUUGAUUCAUCGUCAGAAAUGGCUUAGAACCAAUAGUUCCUUAUCCAAUGGAUCUUUCCUUUUUAAUACUCUAUCCGAGAGUUAUCAGUAUUUAUCAAAUAUGUUCCUAUCUAACGGAACACUAUUGGAUCAAAUGACAAAGACUUUGUUGAAAAAAGGAUGGCUUUUCCCGGAUGAAAUCAAAAUUGGAUUCAUGUAAAACAGAGAUUCUCUCAUCGGAUUGAUCGAAUCGGUAUUGAUAUACAGAUUGGAUCGAUCCGAGCUCUCUUCGCAUUCAAAAGAGUAUGCCUUGAAGAGGACUCGAACCUCCACGCUUUUAGCACGAGAUUUUGAGUCUCGCGUGGCUACCAUUUCACCACCAAGGCAUCAUGAAAUCAAAUCUAUGACAAUUU